UUUAAAAGCUUUGCUGACAGCGUCAAAUCAAACCACAACUAACUCGGUUGGAUGUCUUUUUUUUCGUGCAUGUGUGUGUGAGUUGGCUGGUGGUUAAUGUGGGGGGACAUUGCUGUAAGCACAUUUCUGUCUGCUGGAACUUGUUCAGACUUUGUUAAAAACUACUUUCACAAAGCUAUUAAAUCCCGAUAGUGUUUGUCUGCACCACAUCCUGGUACGAUAAAGCUACUGCUGUCAGAGCCUUACAGACAAUAUUUCAUUUAAUUUCAUAAUACAGGCAUUAUUAGAGGGCAAAGUGCUUGAGCGGGACUGAGCAAUUGAUCACAGUUUUUGAGAGUAUUUCUCUCUUUUGGGACUUGCAAAGCAGGAAAUGUAAAAAGCAAAGUGGAGCCAAAAAUACACUUUCACAUUCAGCAGAUAAAAGCCAUUAUUCUGGUUUGGUCAAAGUGCACAGACAUGCGAGGUGCAGCUGCAUGACAGAAAAGUGUGAAAACCAGAAGAGCUUUUCCUGCCUGACAGCCUCUCACACACUCAUCUGCUGCUGCAGCCUGCUGCACCCUCACCAACCCUCGACACACACAGGUGCCCAUCUCGCAGGCAACAUGGAGAGGGAGGGGAUGCUGGUAUGGUCUAUUUACUACGGGAGAAUUGGAAGUGAGGCCACAGAGAGGCUGCUGGAACGGUUUGGACACGAUGGCAGCUUUCUGCUGAGAGACAGCGAGACCGUGCAGGGGGCCUACUGUCUGUGUGUGAGACGAGCACCGUUUGUGCACACCUACAGGCUCGUGCACUCCACUGACGGCUGGUGUCUUCAGCAGGAUUCAGGAGUCAGACUUCAGAGGUUUCAGACCUUGGAAACACUGAUAGAGAGCUACAGAAGGGGUACAGCCUCUGAUGUCAGUAUAACCCCCCUCACAGACCCUCUGGACAAAACACAGCUACAGUACCCCAGCUUGGGACAAGAGUUUGUCUACAUGGAAACAUGUAGAAGCGGCCGCUCUGUCUAUUGAGGCCAUGCCUUUAGCCCGGCACACCGGCUGACUCCAUUUAUCAGGUGGACAAACAAGAUGGCAGAAACAUGCAGCACAUCAAGAAUCUGUGUUCUGUCUGUCAGACGUUUUAUAUUUAUUUUUUUAAUCAGUGUUUAUGUGGCUUUAGAAUCAGGUUACUUGACAACAAUAUGAAAAAGAGGCCACUGUAGUUUGUGCAAACCAUGUCAGUGUCAAGUAGGUUACGUAUUUCCCCAUGUGGGCCACAUACCGCCAAACUGGUGCCCUUUCCGUCCCCAGGGCAUUAUAUGAAGCUCACUGAAAUGUUUUUACAAAUUGUUGUCCAAGUGAGUGUGGAAACUUUUUUGUUGUUGUUGUUGUUGUAGAAAUACAUGCUAUCACACACUAUCUCUGUUGCUGUAGUUUUAUUUCAACAGACCAUGUGUGGUCCGUCUGUGCGUGCGGGGGAGGCUGUGUUUGCCUGUCAGUACUAAAAUGGGUUUCAAACUAGUGGCCAGGUCAUCUGUGUGCAUUAUGAUUUUUUUUGUGCUGCAAAAGAAAGACAUUUUUACAUACUUUAAAAUGUUUUUUUUUUUUUCUACAAACAGACAGAAAAGUUUUAUGCCUUCAUGGGGAAGUCACACUCAGGUACAGUGAUCGUGAUCUGCCUGGUUUGUCUGCACUUAUUUUGUCUAAUCUGAAGCCAACGAGUGUAACGAUACAGGAAAUGUAGCUAUGCAGUAAAGGUAGAUGUGAAACAGUGGGCACACUCAUUUUUCUCCAUGUGACUUUACGUAUUCAUUUUUGCAACAGAAGGUUCUUCUCAUUCACUGUGAUAUCCGACCUACAUUUUUGGGUCUUACAACAAGCUCCUACUGAUCCACUGCUCAUGUAGACAUGGUCAAGACACCCUGCUUAAGUUCGAACCCAGCAUCAGAAUGGGGAAGAAAGGGGAUUUAGGUGACUUUGAACGUGGCAUGGUUGUUGGUGCCAGACGGGCUGGUCUGAGUAUUAUUGGCUUUUCGUGGGGGUUUUUUGUGUCUGUUUUUAAUCUGUUAUUGUCCUGUUUAGGCUCCCGUAAAGAGUGUUCUCACUGGACCACCCUGUGUACAUAAAUGUUGAAUAAAUGAAAUGACUUUAAAUAAACACGUGAAAAUAUA